AUGUUGUCGAAACUUGUAUCGAAACAAAUAAUCAAUCAUGGACUUCGUCUAACAACACGUGCUGCGUCAGCAUCUGCACAACCAAAACUAGUUAUCGACCGAAAACCUCCAGUGAAAUUUCAAAAACUUUUUAUUAAUAAUGAAUUUGUUGAUGCAUCAAGUGGAAGUACAUUUGAAGUUAUUAAUCCAGCUACAGGUGAUGUUAUCACCGAAGUUGCUGAUGCUUCAGAAAAAGACGUUGAUCGAGCUGUAAAAGCUGCCAAAGAUGCUUUUCGACUUGGUUCCGAAUGGCGUCGUAUGGAUCCUGCUGCACGUGGUCAACUCCUUUACAAACUUGCUGAUCUUAUGGAACGUGAUCGAGCUUAUCUUGCAGCUUUGGAAACAUUAAAUAAUGGCAAACCGUUCAAAGAUUCAUAUAAUGUUGAUAUACCACAUUGCAUUUCAGUUCUUCGAUAUUAUGCUGGAUGGCCUGAUAAGAUGAAUGGAAAAGUUUUACCUGUUGCUGGUGAUUUCUUUUCAUAUACACGACGUGAACCUGUUGGUGUUGUUGGUCAAAUUAUUCCAUGGAAUUUUCCAAUGAUUUUACUCUGUUGGAAAAUUGGUCCCUCAGUUGCUACUGGUUGUACAACAGUCAUUAAACUUGAUGAACAUACACCUUUAACUGGACUUUAUACAGCAAAAUUAAUUGAAGAAGCUGGUUUUCCACCAGGUGUCGUCAAUAUUAUUUCUGGUGAUGGACCACAUUGUGGAGCUUCACUUGUAAAACAUCCAGAUGUUCAUAAAAUCUCAUUUACUGGUUCAACACAAGUUGGUAAACUCAUUGGUAUUGAAGCUGCUAAAUUGGUUAAACGUACAACACUUGAACUUGGUGGAAAAUCACCAAAUAUUGUUUUUGCUGAUUGUGAUCUUGAUACAGCCGUUGAAAUGUCUCAUUUUGCUUUAUUCUUUAAUCAAGGACAAUGCUGUUGUGCUGGAUCACGUACAUAUGUUGAAGAAAAAAUAUACGAUGAAUUUGUUCAACGAAGUAUUGAACGUACAAAACGACGAAAAGUUGGAGAUCCAUUUGAUGAAAGUACUGAACAAGGACCUCAAAUUAGUCACGAACAAAUGGAUAAAAUUAUAGAUUUAAUUGAAUCGGGAAAGAAAAAUGGUGCAAAAUUACUUGUCGGUGGUAAACGUGAAGGUGAUAAAGGUUUUUUUGUUCAACCAACACUUUUUGCUGAUGUCGAAGAUGAUCAUCGAAUUGCUCGUGAAGAAAUUUUUGGACCUGUUAUGCAAAUCUUAAAAUUUAAAACAGUCGAAGAAGUUAUUGAACGAGCUAAUGAUUCAGAUUAUGGUCUAGCUGCAAGUGUUUUUUCAAAAGAUUUAGACAAAUCUAUUGUUGUUAGUAAUGGUCUUCGAGCUGGUUCAGUUUGGGUUAAUACAUAUGAUAACUUUGAUCCCGUUGCACCUUUUGGAGGAUUUAAACAAAGUGGUCUUGGUCGAGAAAAGAGUGAAUAUUCUUUAGAUUCUUACAGUGAAACUAAAUGUGUUACAAUCAAGAUUUCACAAAGAAAUUCAUAA